AACAGCUCGUGCUGGGAGCCCACAAAGAGCUGUCCCGGCGCUGGGAUGCCGACUACGACGCCUUCGUGCUGCCUUUGCUGGACGAGCAGCAGCCGUGCUACGUGCUGUACCGCCUGGACAGCCAGAACGCCCAGGGCUACGAGUGGCUCUUCAUCUCCUGGUCCCCCGACAGCUCCCCGGUCCGGCUGAAGAUGCUGUAUGCUGCCACCAGAGCCACGGUGAAGAAGGAGUUCGGCGGGGGGCACAUAAAGGACGAGAUGUUUGGAACAGUGAAGGAGGACGUGUCCCUGAGCGGUUACCAAAAGCACGUGUCAUCCUGCUCCGCGCCGGCCCCGCUGACCGCAGCCGAGCAGGAGCUCCAGCAGAUCCGCAUCAAUGAG